ACUCUGGUGUCACGCCGUUACAUUUCCGUCUAGCUAAGCACAUCUGAAGCAAAUGUGUUCACGUUUAUUUUUUUGUAUUUAUUGAAUUGUUUAAGAUUGUUGGUUGAAUCGUCUUGAUGGACUGCGUGGAGCAGAGUAACGCAGACGCAGAAGCGCCCUCUGUUAUCGACCGAUAUUUCACACGGUGGUACAGAGCAGAUAUGAAGGGCAAAUCGUGUGAAGAUCAUUGCAUCUUACAACAUUCAAACAGGUUGUGCGUUGUGACCUUAGCAGAAACGCACCCGAUACUUCAGGAUGGACGCACAAUCAAAAGCAUCAAUUACCAGAUCAGUAACGGCUGCAGUCGCUUGAAUAAUAAAGUGUCCGGGAAGUCCAAACGGGGGGCGCAGUUCCUUACAGAUUUUGCACCUUUGUGCAGGAUAAUGUGCUCAGAUGACACGGAGUACACCAUCUACAGUUGCAUAAGGGGGCGUCUUCUGGAGGUCAAUGAGAACAUUUUAGAAACCCCAAAUCUCUUGCUAGGAAAGCCGGCUACUGAAGGAUAUAUUGCCGUCAUCCUUCCAAAGUUUGAGGAAAGCAAGAGCAUAACCGAAAACCUCCUGACAAGAGAAGAGUUUGAGUCUGUCGUUUCCAAACGCAGUUUGUCACAACCCCCCUGAUGGAUCAUUGAAGACCAACCUGAUCUGAGAGAAUGUUUCUUUGGUUUUCUCUCUCUCUCUCUCUAGGUUGGUUCAAAACAAAGACUGAGAAAGUUGACCAACUCUCCUGAAAGACACUUUUAUGCAACAGAAGCAAAGUGCCUUCAGUUCAUCAUGUUACAGAGACUCCAGGAUGUUUUCAACUUAAAAGUGCUUUGUGACCAAUUUCUUUUUAUGUUAUUUGAGUAAUAUAAGAGAAAGCAAGAAAGUCUUCUGUGAAAUGCUGCAGAUAAUUUGCAGGUGAUUUUUGUUGUACAUAAAAAAAUCAAACAAAUGUAUGAAAAAUAUUUUUUUAUUUAUUUUCUCACUAUUUUAUCAGUCUAACAAAAAAAAAUGGUCCAAAACUAGAUGGUUAUUUUUAAUCUGUGGUUGCAUUAUAAUGUCCAGAAUAUCUAGUUGCUCUCAUAAAAGAUACAUAAUUUCCCUAAAGCCUGCUAUAUAUUGUAGAUUUGAGUCUCGUCUCAUCUCCUGCUCUCACAGUACCAAAGUGAUUGUUACCUUCAGAUAAACAUCAACUGCUUUAAGUACCACACUAUUUAUUUAAACAUCUCAUAAACUAUAAUACAUAUUGGCCUGUUUGGCAGCUUCACACUGAUAGUCUUCAUAACAAGUACACUUGAAGGUUCUAUUCGAUGCCCAUCCACAACUCUUAAGUCCGACAAGAUGAUUUGGUUUCACUUGACAAUGUUUAAAAUAAAAUCCAGAUU